AUGGCUGCCCCUCCGAGACGACAAUCGACAAUGUCGAUGAGCAGCACAGUUACAGAGAAAGCAUCAACCCAAUUUGCAGACGGCCAACAGCAGCAACAACAACAUUCAAUACGGCAAAGCCAACUCAUUCAAACACCAACGAGCGGCGGUCUUCGAGUACCUUCAAACCGCAAAACAAUAUAUGACCGGCAUCUCAACAGAAGUCAAAAGGCAGAUCUGAGUCGGGCCUCGUUCGCGUUCUUGUUUGCGGAGAUGGUGACUUAUGCGCAACGGAGGGUUACUGGUAUUCAAGAUCUUGAGAAACGUCUGAAUGAACAAGGCUACCCCCUCGGUCUCCGGCUACUCGACCUUCUCUUCUACCGCUCUAUAUCAAGCACAUCCUCCUCCGCCCUCUCAUCAUCAUCUACAUCCUCCUCCCCACCAAACCGUCCACUCCGAAUCCUCCCUCUCCUUCAUCUCAUCCACGGACCGCUCUGGCGCCUCCUUUUCCAACGACCCGCAGAUGCCCUUGAACACUCCGUCUCCCCCGAAACACCAAACGAAUACAUGAUCACCGACAACGACCCGCUCGUAAAUACAUAUAUCAGCGUCCCCAAGGAAAUGAGUAUGCUCAACUGCGCUGCUUUUGUAGCCGGGAUAAUUGAGGGUGUCUGCGAUGGAUGUGGAUUUGAGGCUAAAGUGACGGCGCAUAAUCAGGGGACAGAGAUGUGGCCGGGUAGAACGGUGUUUUUGGUAAGGUUUGGUGAGACGGUGAUGGAGAGGGAGAAUGUUCUUGAGCGUGCGGGUGUUAAGUAA